CCCAUGUGACCGGUUUUAUGGAUUCUGCUAAGAUGGUGGGCUUAAUUAUUGAAUCACAGUGCAAAAAUGAUACUGAAGCUCCCAUACACAGAGUAUAUAAUAAAAUUACUGCAAGGAGGAUCAUCGCUAGGAGAGAAAUUAAGUGUACUGCAGAUGAGUACAAUUUAGGUGGUAUGUGUUGCAAGAAAUGUGAACGUGGCUUUGUUAAAAAUACUAAUUGUCCAACAAACGUGAGAGAACACUGUGUUCAGUGCAUACCUGGACAAGAGUACGUCGAUCAUGCCAACGAUUUGGAUGAGUGUCUGAGAUGCGCUUCUUGUGACGGAAUAUUUGGUUUACAGAUUGCAAAGAAAUGUACCCCAACACAGAACACAGAAUGCACUUGUGCAGAGAACUUCUUUUGCAAUUCCUCUGGGUCAUGCGCACACUGUGACCCAUGUUCCACGUGUGGCAGUAACCUUAUUGAAAAACACUGUACUCCAACUUCAGACACUAUAUGCAAAAUAAAAGAAGAGGGAAGCCAAACGAACAUUGCACUGGCCGUGUGUUUACCAGCAACUGUGGUGGCUGCAGGAGCACUGAUCUACUGCUAUAUUAAAAAACGUACGCAUCGUAUUAACAAGCAGUCCCCAGGUCAAUCAGUCCCCGAACCUGGAGUUCCUUAUGAGAUGGUACCUAUCAUGUUUGCAGAUAUUGACCUGAGCACCCACAUUCCUGAUAUUGUUGGGGAGAUGACACUCCCAGAGGUCAAGACAUUUGUUCGUAAUCAUGGAGUACCAGAACCUGUCAUAGAUGAAAUUCUUCGGGAUAAUGCUAACAAUACAUCUGAACAGAAGAUUAAACUGUUUCAAGACUGGCAUCAAAGACAUGGGAUAAAAGGAGCCUAUGAAACCCUGAUCAGAAGUCUAAGAAAGCUUAAAAUGUGCACCGCAGCUGAUAAAAUUGAGAAAAAACUGAAGGCAGCUCUUGCCAGCAGUCAGGAAGUUGGACAGUCUUACAGUGAUAAUAGAAAGCAAAGCACAGCCUGCACUGAAGAAGGUGGAAACUCUCAUCUUCAUAAUGCUGAGCAAGGCAAAAGCUAUUCUGACCAUUUGGAAGAGACAUAGCAUAGCACCAUUUGAAAACUAUUUCUAAUCAACUUGCUAUUUUUGUAAUAAUAUAUACAUGAAGUUUUUAAUUGUCACUUUUUGGGCAGCUUACUAGGAUCCAAGGA